AUGAGCGAGCUGGAGGACUCGGGCCCCGCGGAUAUGCAGAUGUCAGGGAGGUUUAGAAGGGAGCAGGCUGGGGAAGAGUCCUCGUCUGAAGGAUCUGACUUUUGGGGUGCUUGGAGACGCCGUUGGUAUAGUUUAUAUUACUUCAGCAGAGAGUCUUUAGAUUCACCACUCUCCUUCCCCGCCCUCUGGCUUCAGCAGGCCAUAGCCACUCAGCUCCUCUGUGCGUUUGUUCCACAGCCCGGGCCUGUCCCUGCCUCCGCCGACACAGACACAGGCCUGGGAAGCGUCUCCAAGGAAGGCCUGAAUCAUGAGUGCAAGCUGUGCAGCCAGUCGUUUGAUUCUCCGGCCAAGCUGCAGUGCCACCUGAUUGAGCACAGCUUCGAGGGCAUGGGCGGGACCUUUAAGUGCCCAGUCUGCUUCACAGUGUUUGUCCAAGCCAACAAGCUACAGCAGCACAUCUUCUCCGCACACGGUCAAGAGGACAAGAUCUACGACUGCUCGCACUGCCCACAAAAGUUCUUUUUCCAGACAGAGCUACAGAACCACACGUUGACUCAGCACAGCAGCAGCAGCGGCAGCAGCAGCUAA